AUGGCUGUAAGAGUCCCACUAGAAAACCUAUUAGGAAAACAACGGGGAUAUCCCUUAUGUAUUUGCUGUUCAACUGAAAAUGGCCUUGCAUUGCAGGGAUUGAUGAGAUAUCGACAGAUUUGGCCCAUCGAUGUCCGUCUUCGUCCAUUCUACCUCGCUGGUGUUAUAAAGGCAACAAGAAAUCCUGGAGCGCCGCUGAUGUUAACUCAUAAGCAGGCCUACAUGGCCACGGAUAUCAGAAGGAACGCAGAGUACUGGGAUAUUCCUAUAUCCCUGCCGCAGGACUUCAAAACCCUGGUGCUGUCAAAGACAUCAGCACUUGCUCAACGGCUUUUGCUUGCUGUCCAGAAGCAACAUCCCCCUUCUGUCCUCGAAGACUGUGCUCGAAUGUUGUGGAGAAGAUUUUUUACGGAACACAGAAGCAUCUUUGACGUGGAUGAUCUUCGACAAGCGCUGAAAGAUCUCCCAGUUGACGACGAAGAUGCUCUUUUGCAACUGGCCGUGACGGAUGAGGUGAAAGGUACCCUCAGAUGCAACACAAACGAAGCUUUAGCUUAUGGCUGUUUCGGAGCGCCCUGGAUUCAUGUACAACGAAGUGAGGGUGAAGUGGAGGCUUUCUUCGGUAGCGAUCGACUACCCCUUAUUGGACAUCUCAUCGGAUGUCAAUACCAAGGACCGCUAACCCAAUACGCUUUCCCUGUGAAGAGUCGGACCUCCACAUGA